AAUAUCUAUGAUUCGUAAAUACCUUUCAGUCCAAUCGCGCCAAAGUGGUAUUAUAUCUAGGUGUCAGGCUUGAUGAUGGAAGCUGAAAGAAAACGACAAAGCAGACGACGUCUGCCUAGACAAAAAUCCUUUACAGAUGCAUUGAAGGAAAAAUAUUGCACACCAGAAAUCGACUCCUGCAACUCAGGUGGUUUUAUGGUUGACAUUGUCUAUCACGGGAAACCAAAGACAAACGGGUCAGAUGCAGAGCUGGCCUACUUGAGAAACGUGGUGCUAUGUGAUCGAUACGUGUCUAUGGCUGGUAUCCCUAGCACUGGCCUAAGGUCUCUCUGUCCCAAUGUCAAUGAACUUGACCUUUCUGGAAAUCUGCUGGACGAUUGGAGUGAAGUUCUCAACAUUAUGUCACAUUUACCAUUCCUGAAAUUUGUAAAUUUGAGCCGAAAUCAACUUGUUAACAAAAAGAAUUGCUUACAGACUUGGGAGACCCCAUUUACCAUGGUAGAGAGUUUGGUUCUUAAUGAAACUAAUGUUUCUUGGGAUGAAGUGAUGACAAUGGCAAAUUACCUACCAAGUUUAAAGGAACUGCACAUCUGUAAAAAUGGGUAUACAAAGCUCUCUUCCUCCAACCUGAAAGUAUUGGAAAAAGUGAAAUACCUAAAGAUGAACUAUAACGAAAUUCAGAGCUGGGAGGAAGUCUGGAAGCUUCGAUAUCUGCCAGAGCUAGAUACACUAAUAUUAUCAGGAAAUCCUCUAGAGGAUGUGGUUUACAAACUUCUUGAUGACCAGGAUCAUGUUUCUAUGGAAACAAAUAAUCAGGAUGCAGUCAACAAAGACACCCUGCCGGAAAAAGAUGUGGAAAAAGAUGAAAAUGGUAACAAAAGUCCUGAUCAGCAGGUCAAAGACAUUGUAGACCUGAUUAUCACAGGGGCACUCUCAGAAAUUGGACAGGCAGAGGUUGUCAAAUCAGAAAUUGCUCAACAGAAUAAUAAUAUGGACAUUCACUCAGAUGAGGGCAGGAAUGUAGAAAAUGUUUCAGAGAAUGACAAGGGGACAGAAGAUGUUCCAGAGAAUGACAAGGGGACAGAUGUUCCAGAGAAUGACAAGGGGACAGAAGAUGUUCUAGAGAAUGACAAGGGGACAGAAGAUGUUCCAGAGAAUGACAAGGGGACAGAAGAUGUUCCAGAGAAUGACAAGGGGACAGAAGAUGUUCCAGAGAAUGACAAGGGGACAGAGAAUGACACAGACAAUGAUAAGACUACAGAAAAUGGUUCUGAAAAUGGUACUGAAAAUGACAGGGGGAUAGAAAAUGGUACUGACAAUAACAUCAAUAUUGAUGAGAGGAAAGACAACCAUUGUGGUCUUUGCAUCAAUGAAAACAAAGCUGCUAGCAUGUUUUAUUUGGAACCAAAAGAAGAUCUCAGUGAUGGCAGUUCAACUCUUAGAAAUGACAAAGACAGACAAGCUUUCAGAAAACUGAAAAGUUUGUGUGUCAGCGAUACUUGUAUUGCUAGCUGGGAACACCUGCAGGCUCUCAGCAUGUUUCCAGCCCUGGAGUCUCUCAGGAUUCAGGAUAUUCAACUGCUGGCAGAAGUUGGUGAAGAUGACCGAAGGAAGCUCAAGAUUGCAAGUCUGCCAAAUAUUAAGAUCUUGAAUGGUAGUGAAGUGUCACCUACAGAGAGGGAGAAAGCAGAAAGAUACUACAUCCGAUAUUUCAUGGAUCAGGAAAAGCAACCAGAGAGAUACUAUGAGCUGGAAGCAAAACACGGUAAAUUGAAGCCUAUUGUCGAUAUAGACAUUUCCCGUGGGUUUAAAGAAGAAGCAACGUUGACUUUCAUCUUCAAUGGAGUGUCAUUGGGUGAGAAAACAUUCAAGGUCAAGGCGCUUGUGAAAGAGUUACAGCGUUUCCUGUUAAAGACCCUCGGUACAAGAUGCUUUAAAAUGUUUCAUUAUGGCUGUGGACCAAACCAUCCACAUGGGGAGGAAGUACUGUUUCAGGAGCUUCAGUCAGAGUUGCUGCAAAUCAGCCGGUAUGAUAUUCUGGACGGGGAUGAAAUCCACGUCAGUGUUGAUGUGGAUGAUGACUGUAAGAGAUGGACUCCUCGCAAAUUUUAAAUUUUCACAUCUAUCCAGCAGUGACUCCAUGAUUUGUUAUAAGCCUACAAGGAUUUAUUUCUGUUAAGUAGAACUCAUGAUAUUUUAUAAGCUCCUCCCCUCUACCAACUUAACUUGGAUUUUUGAGUAAGAGGUUUUUGUUUUUUAGUAAGCCCACCCCUUGAUUUAGAGUCAUUGAAUUAGAAUAAGUGGUAGUGUGUGUUGGCUGAUUGUUCUGUACUGAGCAGUCCCAACCAUCAUUGAUUAGAAUCAGUGGUAGUGUGUGUUGGCUCCCUUCAGCUAAUUGUUGGAUAGAUAUGAUUCGUACUGUUUCAGAUAAAUCUGUGAUGAGUAGAGACAUUGUUAUAUGUAACAUACUGCUGUGUUCCUGGGGAUUUUUCAAGGGACUUACUUUUUCUUUUAUUAACACUCAAAAUGUGAGAAUUAAAAAUCCACAGAUUGAAAAUUUCGUAAUAUUGAAAUAUAAGGAUUUUAAUUUUCACUUUAUUUAGUAGUUGAAGUACAGAUUAUCUCCCCUACACACCGGUAGAAUUGGGUUGUGUUUUAUCUUAGAAACUACCCUGUAACAGUGCUAACCUGAUGUAUGCUACCUUAAACACAGUGCUUGUUAUAUGUAUAAAGAUGCAUGUUGGGUGACUUUCCUAUGUAUUUCUAUAGGAUUUCGUAGUUGAGAACACAUUUCAGAAUGGUGCAACAUUAAAUUAGGAUUAUAUAGUAAAUGUAAAACAUCAGUGUAAAAUAUUUUUAAUAGCUGUUUCCAGCAAAGAACUGGCAAACUGGUUUUUUUUGGGCAUAUGUGUAUAAAGAUCUGGUCGAUUUUUCUGUAAGCAAGACGUUUGAAUAACAUUUGGAACCACUUAUGAUGAGAUCUUAUAUUUCCAUUGAAUGAAAGGUGAAGUAACAUUGCUGGUACCGAUGAGAUUGGAAAUUUGGGAUACAUUUUUAUGUCUAAAUUCAUUCUCUUACACUGAGUGAUAAAAAUCAUUUGUGACCCGAUAUAAGUUUUCCAAGUUGGAAGUCUUCAUGGCAUAUAUUUUACUGUUUUCAUCACGCACAGACAGGGACGAACUUGGAUCAUUCCAGUGAAGUAAAUGGAGAAAAUGUUCCGAUUUAAUUUUUUUUAGUUACUUUGUACUAUUAUGAAAAUCAAACGUACUUAGGUUAUAAGUUUCCAAAACCUGGUCAAAUAUCAAGGCCAUAGUGGUUUACUACUGACCUCAAGACUGUGUUUUAUUGUAGGGAAAUCUGUUUGUUGUGAUAUCUUAUUGUUAAUAUUGUUUGUGAUUCCCACAUAAAUGUGUAAAUCUAAUGUAUUUAUUGAUAAUCAGAGAUUUAUUUCUACCGUGCAAAUAAAUGACAAUUGUAUAUAAGAUGAUGUAUAUUGAAAUUAAGUAGAAAUAUAACCUAACACUAUCUCACCUCACAAGUAAUUAACAUAGAUUUAAAAAUCGUUUGAAAAUUUAGUGCUUGAGUCAUUUUACAUACCAUGGUAAUUCAUAUCAAAAUUAUUUUUUUCUCUUUUUAUUAAGAUAAAAAUUUCAGAAUAUGAAAUCAAAGUGCUUUGAAAUUUUAGAUGAGAUAUAUAUGCUGGCUGAACUGUUGUACCAUUAUUCUGUGAUCAGAUGAAACAUUGAUUAUGUGUUUAGAGUUCUCUCCCUUAGUGAUAUUUAUGGUACCCCAUCACAUGAAACAUUAAUCCUGUGUAGAGUUCUCUCCCUUAGUGAUAAUUAUUGUGCCCCAUCACAUGAAACAUUAAUCCUGUGUAGAGUUCUCUCCCUUAGUGAUAUUAUUGUUCCCGGUUACAUGAAACAUCAUUCUUAUGUUUUGAUGGAGUUUUCCUUUCCAGAACAGUUUAGUGGUAAAAUUGCUGUUUAUAUGCAUUGCACCAUUAUAUCAACACUAAAGUGCAAUUACAAUUUAUAUACACUGUAACUGUGAUAUAUAAUUUCCAUAUCUCCUUUUGUUUGUCAAAUUGUAUGCAUCUGUCUCUUAAAAGAAUGUUAUUCUGCCUCGAAGAUUUUUACCAGAUUACGAGGUUGUGAGGUCUUUGGUUUCAUUUCUUUUACUAAAUCAUCUGUUUUGAUGUGGAUUUGUUAAGACAGUUUUCCAACAUUGAAAACUAAAAAAAAACCCAAAAUAUUUCGUAUAAAUUAACCAAUCAUGUCCCAUGUAACAAACUUGUAUGUUGCUUAAACAUAGAUGUAGAUGCUGUAAUAUUCUAUAUAUCUGUUGUUGUCAGUAGCUUUUAAAUCCAUACUUGUAUAACAUUGAUGUUUGAAGAUUCUGUUUAUAUAAUUUACAUCGUACAUUCAUGCUCAUGUCAUGCUAUAUUCAUUAAGAUGUGUUUUCUGUUUCAUCAAAAUCUUAAAUUUAUAUCAAAGGGAUGUUUGAUAUGCAGAAGGUAACAAAUUGACUGUUGUUUUUCCAAUGUUUAAUCCCAACUUUGAAAAUAAAAAAAAAUAGAAUUACUUUAAUAUUACAACCUUUACUAUACAUGACAUGGUCACGGAUGAAUGAUGCUGUGUACUAUUUUGGUAACCCUUAUUCAGUAGAAAUAAUGGCCCUCCAAUUCUAUUUGAUCUUCAGGUUUUUAUCUCAUAAGGCAUGUUGUUUUGCUGUGCAGGCAAAUGUGUGGUGUUUUAUUGAUGACGUCAUGUUAGUGGUUUUAUAAAUGUCAUAACAGGUGCCAUUUGUUUACAUGGCAGAGCAGACUAGCGAUGUGAUAACAGUGCAUUGUGAUAAAUGAAAAUGAAGUGGAGAUUGUAUCAUUAAAAUGCUGUAUCUCCUUUGAAUAAAUGACGAGAAUUAUA